GAUCAUUACAAUUUGUGUUCGUCAGCAAAUGGGUGUUUUUUGCGUUUGUUCAGAGACAUAUAUAAGAGUAACCACGACAACAGUAUCGUUAUAAGGAAACGCGUCCCUCGAGUUAUCUUAAGAUGCUAAUCGUGAGACUACGAGACUCAGUAUCUUUUGAAGACCUCAUCAGUCACAAGAUACCUCUCAACCGAUUUUACGUGCUUGAAGAGUCUCACGUUGCCAUUCAUCAAACGGAUUCUUCCAUGCUGAUAAUUUACAGUACAAACUUCUCUUUACAUCUUGUUUCGCGACUCGACCUGUGUCAAAUAUGUCGUAUUUUUCUUCGAAGCUACGUGGGCGCGUUACGAAGUACCGUUUCAUAAAUAAUUGCCUUGCCAUCAUGUGUCACAUCGCCACGUUGUACCGAGACUGUAAUUUAUUGAUGUAGUGCGCGAAUAGUGAGACUGGUUUGUCUGAAGCAAUUAUCACCACCAACUAAAUUAAUUACUAAAGGAAAUCGGAAAACGGAAGUGAUAACAGCUAGCACUUGAUAGAUAGAACAGAAACAAAUGGAAAUGACGAAUGAUGACAAAUCGGAUCGCAUAAAACAAGACCAUAUUCAGAAUAUCGUGAAAGGAAUCAUACCGAGUACAAAAAAUCGAAGCAAUGACAGCGAUGGAUACACAAAAGAUGCAGACAAAAAUGAAUACUAUGAACUUGCAGAGGCAAAAAACACCGUUAAAUACAUCAAACAUUUUGUGAAACGAAUGAAGCCUAUAAUCGACCAGAAUUCUGCGAAACCAAAGGAUUAUGAUAAAUGGACGGAGAAAGAACAAAUCAAACAUAUUGUAGAUAACAUUAAAACAUAUAUCCCGAAUAUACCGCAAUCCUUAUUAUUUUUUAUACCAGGCACAUUAUAUCGAGGAGAUUGUGAUCGAAAUUCGAUGGACAAACCACUCUGGCUGGAUAUGGAAAAAUUCCAGAGAGGUCAAAAAUUCGUGUUAGAUCAUUUUAUGUCAAUUGGUUUAGCUAAUCUAUUAUCGCUUUUCCAGAUAUUCGCUUUUACAGAUGGUCUUAAACCGCUCAUCUUCAGCCAACAAUCUCACACGCCGUAUUUAGCAUUUAAAAGGUAUUUGUCUACGGCUUGUUAUGUAAGAAAUUGGAUGACGGAAGAUCCGUGGACCGUGGGCACGCGAGCAUAUAACGAUAUACAAACUGUGCGUAGAAUGCACCGUGCAAUCCGAUUGAAACUCUGUGAACACGACACUGAGGAGAUCGAUAUGGCCACUAAAAUUCCAAAUCCAUUGUGUCUUGAUAGAGAAACAAUUUUAGAAGAUUUAACUUCCUGUCCAUAUCCGACUGUAGAAAAUGGUUGUAUCCAUCUACUGAUCAAACCCAAAGGGUUGAAUCAAGCAGAUAUGGCAGCCACGCAAUUCGCUUUCAUGGGAUUGAUUUUGUUAUAUCCUCAAGAAUUCGGUGUUUAUGCUAGCGAUGAAGAUAUGGCAGCUUUUUGUCACACAUGGAGAGGUAUAGGAUAUCUUCUUGGCAUGGAAGAUCAAUACAAUUUCUGUCGCGGAAGUCUGAAGGAAAUUAAACAAAGAUCACGCGACUUCAUCGAAGUUUGGGCGAAGCCCUACUUGACACAAGUAAUGCCUGAAUGGGAACAUAUGCUGAAAUGCAUAAUGGAAGGCAACUCUUAUUAUUUUGGUGGUUUCACGUUCAAGAUGGCACUACUGUUUGUCACCAAUUUAAUAAACAUAGAUAUGCCACGUACGCGAAGUACGCUCACUUAUUAUGAAUGGUUUAAACUCAUUUUGGUUCAAUACUUUAUAAUACCCUACGUCAUCAGAAUACGAUUUAUAAAAGAGUUUCUGAAUAAGAAAGUUCAUAAGAAACUCAAUGAAGCAGUCAAAUAUGGACCUAAAAAGCAUAUGGAAAUUAAAAAGAGAUCUCAAAAGAUUUUAACUGAGGGCAGAUAAUAUUUGUAUACAGACUCGGAGUUUUACUUACAUACAUUA